GAAUAUUGUUCUGAAAAAAGCAAUAGUAGACAAUCUCAUUCUUCUCUCUUGGAGAAUACAAACAUAUAAUCAUGCAGGCUAUCACAUAUUCAAACACAUAAUUGCUAGAUUUGUUAUUCAGACCUAUAAAAUCAUUAUUUCCUGUCUGUAUUAAUAAGAGCGACAUUUUAUGUAACUUCCUUGUUCUCAACAAACUCAAGCAGCACAAAAGUCUCAGCGGACACGUCUUCUGUCAGCUCAUCAAAUGGAUUCAGACUAUCAAAAUUCUAGUUUCAUACUUUCAACAGUUGCUUCAGGUGAAAAACGCUCUCAAUACAAUGGCAACUCCACUGAAGAGCAAGAAAAUGAGAGGAAAGGCUGUCCUAAAUGGACUAAAGUUCAUCUGAUUGUUUUGGCUGUUUCUCUGCUUUUUGCUCUUGGGGGUCUCUGUAUUCUGGGUACACUGUAUGCCAGGCUUUCAGUGAAACUGUCUGCCCAGGAGACUAAGAGCACACUCAUGGUGAGAGAGCUUACAGACAAAUACAACAGAGUUAGAGAACAUCUCCGCACUAAAGACAUCAUGGUGAGAGAACUUACAGACAACUACACCAGAGUUAGAGAACAUCUCCGCACUAAAGACGCUGCUUCUGUACCGGCCAUGGAACGAGAGCUUAAGGAACUUAUGUCUAACUACACCAGAGUUCGAGAACAACUGUCCUUUUACGAAGGUCAGUCUUCGGACUGUGAAACGAUCUCGACAGCUUGGGGUGGAAAGUUGUACUUCUUCAGCUCUCAUAAACUCAACUGGUUGAGCAGUCGUGCUUUCUGUGUUUCAAAAGGAGCUGAUCUGGUGAUCAUAACCAGCCAAUCAGAACAGAUGUUUCUGAUCUCUAAAAUGAAAGACUGGUAUUGGAUUGGUCUCAAUGAUCUGGACACUGAAGGACGCUGGGUUUGGGUGAAUAACCAAACUCUCACUGAAACUGGAGUACAGUUUUGGUACGAGAGGAAUACUCAGAAAAGUGAACCUGAUGACUGGAGAGUAGAAGAUCCCAAUGGAGAGGACUGUGGUAUUGUGAAACCUCAUGUCAGCGGUUUAAACAAUUGGUUUGAUGUUUCUUGCAAUUACAAGCUGAACUUCAUCUGUGCAAAGAAACAGUGAUAUGUAAUGAAAGAGGUCUAUUUUGUACAUGCACAUGUAGGGAAAAGAAAAACAGCAUGUCUUCUUCAGAGAAAUGUAUCCGAUUGUGAUUUGUCUGGCAUUUUUAAAAUAAGUAUAUACUUAAAAUAAGUAUUUUUAAAUAAGACCUGUGUGCUAUAGCUAAAUGAAUAAUGUAAAUGUAAUGUAAACUACAUAUAUUUUUAGUCCCAUGAAGCCAUAUUAGGUUUGUGUGAGAAACAAUACAGAAUUUAAUCACUAAUAAUUUUGCAUUUUUACAUGCAGCUUUUGCCUGUCACUUCUCUUUUCUCCACAAGAGGUCAGUAAUGCAGCUUCCUCUACAGCUUUAUUGAAGAAUCUAGUAUGAUCAAUAAUGCUUGUGAAGUUCAUCAUUUGUAAUCGUAAGUCAUUUUAAUGAUAAAAGAGUAUGUAAAAGAGUAAAGUUCAAUAAAUGGCUAAUAAGU